UAGUCGUAUUGUUGGUGACAAGUGUCAUUACUGUCAUCUAAUUGUCAUUUUUCCACGUGUGUCAACAAAAUGGGGGUUGGAGACAAGAAAAUUGAAUAUUUAGUUGUCGAUACGACUGCCUUUAUUCAAAAUGCUCCAUUACAAGACGUUGCAGAAAAAAUGGUCACUUGUCAGAGUGUCGUUGAUGAAAUUUUGAACAAAAGACAACUCAAACGAUUGGUUGUUUUGCCUUAUGAUCUACAGGUCAAAGAAGUUUUUCCGGAAAAUAUCAAGAUUGUGACAGAAUUUGCGAAAAAAACCGGCGACUACCCCAGUCUAUCAGCUACCGACAUUCAAGUUAUGGCUCUGUCGUAUCAGAUAGAGAAGGAAAUGGUUGGGGUGGAACACUUGCGUAGUGAACCUGUUUUCCAGAGGACUGUGAACAUUACUACAGGACCAACUCGUGACUUACACCCAGAUGUGACAGGGUUUUUUCUACCAGGACAUACAAAAAAGAUUGAGGAAACAACAGACGAACCAGAGGAGUGCAAAGAGACGAAGGGAGAAACAAUCGAAAUUGAGAAAUUGCAGGAGAAGUUCGAGACAAUUCAGUGCACGGAUGAGGAAUCAAAUGACGAUCAUGACGUUUUGGUGUCAGUUGACCACACUAGCGACAUCUCUGACUCUAAUUCCGAAGAUGACGACGACAGUGGCUGGAUCACCCCUUCCAACGUUGUCCAAGCCAAAAAACAAGUCAACUCCCAACUCAUAGAAGAAAAACAUGUGAAAGUCGCCUGCAUGACCACUGACUUCGCCAUGCAAAACGUUCUCAAACAAAUGAACUUGAACGUAGCCGCCCUUGACGGCCGCAUGAUCAAACAACUCCGGACUUACAUCCUCCGUUGUUACGCAUGUUUUAAAACUACGAGCAUCAUGACGAAAAAAUUUUGCCCCAAAUGUGGCCUCAAUACGCUCAAAAAAGUUGCAGUCUCGCUAGAUGAAGACGGAAAACUCCAAAUACACAUAAACGCAAAACGUCCUCUAACGGCUCGCGGCAAAAAAUUCAGUUUGCCUCGAAUGAAAGGGGGGAAACACCCGAAUAACCCCAUUUUGGCCGAGGAUCAUCCCAUGCCCCAGAACAGAGCGAGUAAAUUGGCAAGAACUAAAAUAAAUCCCUUGGAUGAUGACUACAUUGCCGGUUUUUCUCCUUUUGCAGUCAGGGACGUGACUUCGAGGUCGGCCCAACUGGGCAUACGGCCGGGACAGGAAAUAAAAUAUUGGAUGCGGAAAAAUCCCAACGAAGCUCGCAGACGACGAAAAUAGUUUUAUUAUUAGAUAUGUUAUUAAAUAGCUACAAAGGUU